CAGCCGUGAUAGCCUGGGGUCCAGUUUCAAGAUGGCGGAAGGUCGAGCAAGAGUGAACAGAGAAUUUCGCGAUCGGCUGACAGAAAGAGUCCAUGCAAACCUUCUUGAAGCAGGAAAACUAGCUCAGCAGCUUACUAAAAGCUCACGGUCCCAUGAGAUUUUAAGUCAAAGCACAAAGCAUUUUGUCAGCCAAGAAGCGUCACUUAUGAAUACAACCGAGAAAGUUCAACAUAUGCAUCAAUUGACAGAUCAAAUGAAAUUACAGCAAAGGGAUAUACAACAAUGCUUGCAGGGCGUUGAGUUUAUAAAGAAACAGCUGGACUAUGUGUGGGUUGAAGUGCCAAGGAUGUGAUUAUCUUUAGACAACAUAUGAACAGAUCACAGAUUGUUUACCAAAGCAAAGCUAUGAUAAGAGURAAAUGCCAUUGUACCAACAGAGCACAUGAAAAUAGAAUUAAAGUGUGCCUUGAAUGGACUAGUCUCCAAAAUGAGAAAUAGAUGACAGAGAAAUGCAAAGAUGAGAAAYGAAAUAGGAAUGUAAAGUAUGAAAUAAAACGUGAAGUACAAACAUAAAAAUAAAUGGAACUUAGUGAAUGUAAAAAGUGUAAAUAAAGUACAAAAAGUAA